AAUGUUGAAGCGAACACUUUUCAGUCUCGUUGCAGCUUGCCCAGUUUUAAUUUAGCUGUAUUUAUCGUUUUUAAAAUAUUGGUUUUAUUUAUUCUACGCACAAAUGGCUACACUCCGAGCAUUGCAAAAACUAUGUCGGCAUUCUCACCAUCAGGCAUACAGCUUUCAUUUGUCGUCUUCAAGACAAGAGGCUGUUGUCAUCUCAGGCAGGAGGCUAGCACGUCAGAUUCGUGAGGAGGCACGUGCUGAUGUGGAGGAGUGGGUUGCUGCUGGAAACCGACGGCCUCACUUAAGUGUAGUAUUAGUUGGGGACAAUCCAGCCAGUCACUCUUAUGUUCUCAACAAGACCCGUGCAGCAGCUGAUGUGGGUAUUUGUAGCGAGUCCAUCUUGAAACCUUCUAGUAUUAGUGAAGAGGAGCUGCUUGAUCUGAUCAACAAACUUAACUUGGACCACAGAGUAGAUGGCCUUUUGGUACAGUUACCCCUUCCUGAUCACAUUGAUGAGCGACGUGUCUGUAAUGCUGUAUGCCCAGGGAAAGAUGUUGAUGGUUUCCAUGUGGUUAACGUUGGUCGCAUGUGCCUGGACCAGUCAACCAUGUUGCCUGCCACCCCUUGGGGGGUUUGGGAGAUUAUCAAACGUACAGGCAUACCGACAUUGGGUAAGAAUGUGGUGGUGGCUGGUCGCUCUAAGAAUGUGGGCAUGCCCAUUGCAAUGCUGCUACACACAGAUGGAAGACAUGAAAGGCCAGGAGGUGAUGCCACCGUAACCAUCUCCCACCGUUACACUCCCAAAGAACAACUACGUCAGCACACAAAAAUUGCUGACAUUAUUGUUGCUGCUGCAGGAAUUCCUAAUCUCAUCACUGCUGAUAUGAUAAAGGAGGGUGCAGCUGUUAUAGAUGUUGGUAUCAAUAGAAUACUGGACCCCCUGACUGGCAAAAACAAACUUGUUGGUGAUGUGGAUUUUGAAGGUGUAAGAAAGAAGGCCAGUUAUAUAACUCCAGUUCCAGGUGGUGUUGGACCCAUGACUGUAGCCAUGCUAAUGAAAAAUACCAUCAAGGCAGCAAAAAACAUCAUUCUAACCUCACCUCAGUCUGUGCGAAUGGCAGCGUCCUCAUAAAAUCCUCAUCUGCUCACUUCACAAUCCACACUCCAU